AAUAGCAGCCGCAACCGGCGGGAGCGGAGGCAAGAAAGAGUACUCCAUCCCCUGCCACCUUCCGCGACCUGAACCAGCAGCGACGACCAGGAUAGCCUCGAACAGAGGCAAGAGCCAACUUUGAUGUUUGUCUCGCACCGUCGCACGCCAACAACUUCCCGCGCCGCAACCGCGUUGUCGUUCCGCUGUUCCCAGCUUGUCUGAUCGCGUCCCAGGAGUGUAAACAACAGCGACGAAAGGAACGUAGACGUCAUCCGCCAAACUUACCCUCUCACCGAUCGACCCAACCAACACCCUAGAAUUCCGUCCUUCUCCUUGAACUCUAGUGCUUCGAUGUCGACGUAGCGGGGGGUUGAACGACGUUCAAGCAAGGGUCGAGAACCGGUUCGGGUGGCGAGUCCGGCAAGUCAAGCAAGACCACCAUGGAACCAGCACAAGCAAAAGGGAAACGAGGGAGAAAGGGGACCCAUGGAGGCGAGAGAGAACCCGAGAACUUGACGAAGGUGACCAGGGCGAGAGUCGGCGUCGACUCCGACGUCAGUGGGGUGGAGGACGAUGCGCAGCUGACGGUGAGACCCCGCACCUAUCUGACUAAACAUCCGAGAGUUUGGGUGACACGACGUUGGCGUUCGAUGUGUGGCCCACGACUUGAAAUUGAAAUCAAUGGUGGCGACGGACCUCCGACAAUCAUGAUCCCUGGAGUUUGCUGCCGAGGAGGAGGAAGGGGGAGAACGAGUGUGUCCUUCCCAAAGUCUCACCCCGUAAGUGAGCGAGAAUUCGUAUCCCUAGAGGAGUUGCUGGAGCCGAGCAAGAAACUCGCCAAGAGGGAGUUGCUAUCAUCGACGACAGAUCGUGAACCAGACACCGGUGAUGUGGCGGUUAAGCCAAUUUGAUCAGGUGCGUGGUUAAAGAGGACUAGAGUAGUUUUCGUUAUCGUUCUAUGCAUUUAAGUUCAUGUUAUGCAUUUCAUUCCUUGUUCUAUGUUUAGUCAUUCCUUAUAUGCUUUAUAUUAUGUUAAUUAUUUGCGUCCAGUAUGAAGUUUCCAAUCUCGUGUAUUAAUAGGGCUCGAGACUUGAUGCCCAUUUAUUAAAGAUGUUUAUGAUUUUCUCUUAUGCAAAUUUCAAGAAAUUGUUAUUUGAAUU